UGGGCCAAUUCUUGUCAGCAGCCGGUUUUAGGAUUUUUCACAUAUUGACUUUUGCUAAAUAAACAUCACCAUUGAUCAACUUAAACAAUCUCCUUCUCUUUCCAUUUCACCUUAAUCACAUCAAAAAAUCCUUAAAAAACAUUCUUAAUUAUCCCAAAUUUGAUAAAUUAUGUCAUUAGCUACCCAUUUUACAGCAUUUUUGAUCCUUUCUACACUAGGAAUUCGUCGUCUUGUUUGUUGCAUUUGCAAUUACCUCAAAAACCCAUCACUCUAUAGAUCAAAAUCAUGGUUUUUCUCAGACCCCAAAUGGAAAAAUCUUGAUUUAUACUCCCUUUUAAUCAUCCUUCCUAUUGCCUGCUUUUCACAUGUAUUUUUGUUCUUAGCAUUCUCAGGGAAUAAUGUAAUGUAUAGGUUUUCAUUCUUGAUGCAAUCUUUAGUCAUUUUUUGCUUUUGGGUGUUGUUAGUUAUCGUUGUUGUUAGAGAAAGUUUUGAUCUUUAUGUGAUUGUUGAUGGUUUGAUUUAUAGUUUUGGUGGUGUUUGUUUUGGUGUUGAGUUCUUGAUGAAUGGGAAAGGACUUGUUGGUCUUGGUGGUGAUAUGUAUGGACAUUUAGGGGAAUUAGCAUUUGUUUGUGCUGGUUGCUGUUUGUGUUUAGCAGUAAAGCCAUCUUUGUUUUUUGUGGAGUUUUUGUUUGAUGUUGUACUUGUGUUGAAAGGGACUUGGGUUUUGCAAGUUGGGUUGUUGUUGUAUACGGAGGCGUUUGCGCUCGAUGGAUGUGAGAGUCUUUUGGUGGGAUUAGGAAAGGGAAAAAAUGAUGUUAAAUGUGAUCUUGAUGAGAAUAGGUUGAGGGGAACUGCAUUGAUGAAUCUAUUGUUUAUAAUACAUGUUGUUGUGGUGAUGGUUAUGAGCUUCGGGUUGUUUGCGUUGUUGAAUCGGAGUAAGAGGAUGAGAUGUGGCGAUACAAGUGGACCGUUGCUUGCAGAGGUUGGAUCAGAGGGUGUGUCGAUGCGGACGCUUCCUGAUGUAGAGAUAGAAUGAGAGCUUUCCGAUGUUCUUUGAUAGAGAAGAGAGAAGCAUUUUGGAAGAAGCGACCAAAGUGGUUUCCUUUUUUGCUGGUGUUUGUUUUGGUGUUGAGUUCUUGAUGAAUGGGAAAGGACUUGUUGGUCUUAGUGGUGAUAUGUAUGGACACUUGGGAGAAUUAGCAUUUGUUUGUGCUGGUUGUUGUUUGUGUUUAGCAGUAAAGCAAUGUUUUUUUGUUGAGUUUUUGUUUGGUUCUGUACUUGUGUUGAAAGGGACUUGGGUUUUGCAAGUUGGGUUGUUGUUAUAUACUGAUAUGUUUUCUCUAGAUGGAUGUGAGAGUCUUUUGGUAGGGUUAGGAAAGGGGGAAAAUGAUGUUAAAUGUGAUCUUGAUGAGAAUAAGUUGAGGGGAACUGCACUGAUGAAUUUGUUGUUUAUAGUGCAUGUUAUUGUGGUGAUGGUUAUGAGUUUCGGGUUGUUUGCGCUGUUGAAACGGAAUAAGAGGAUGAGAUGUGGCGAUACAAGUGGACCAUUGCUUACAGAGGUUGGAUCAGAGGGUGUGUUGAUGCGGCCGCUCCCUGAAUUAGAGAUAGCAUGAGAAAUUUCUGAUGUUCUUUGAUUGAGAAGCAUUUGGAAGAAACUACUGAAGUGGUUUUCCUUGUAAGUUUUAUUGAAACAUAAAUAGGAAAUUCUAGCCUUUUGUUUCUCUUGAACUUCUAUAUCUUUUUGAGUGUACCUUACUAGCAUGAGAAUUUUCAUUUCGGACUCCUUACAAUUGAAUGAAAGGAGAGUUUCUAUAGUUCAUUAUA